CGCUGGGUGGACGGAGGGAGAGCCCCUUCGCUCGGAGGUUUUCUUCUCUAACACUUCACCACCUCGCUUUUUGACCGACCGAGAUUCGCCGAGCGGGUCGGGGCGGAGGCAUGGGAUAGCUGGCCCGGUGUGUUCGGAUCGCUCGAGCCGGUGUCAUGUUGAGGCUCCGCGGGGAGAGCGGGGCUCUGCGGGCGGAGGAAUGUUCUGGCAGCUCGGAGGGGGCUCGCGGCUUCAUCACCCUGGCCAGUUUAGCCAGCGAGGACGACGACGAGGUUCACUUCGACACUUCAGAUGCAGAAAAUAACCACGAGGUGCUGGUGGCUGGCAGACACAGCUCGUCCAUCCAGGACUUCACCUCCGUCAUUCCCAACCACCUGCUGUUCGGCUCCCUGCUGGAGCACCUGUGCUUCCUGUACGAGAGCAACCCAGCUCGCUCGCGCACGCUCUUCAAAGUCAUUGGCCAGCGUCUGGCCGCCAUGAACCUCCUGUCGCCGCUGGCCAUCAGCGACGAGUUCAGCACCGUCAGGCUGCAGCACAACCGGGCGUUCACGGAGCUGCUCAGCGCCGCCAGCAGCUCCUUGUUUCCGCAGGGCCAGCAGCGAUUAGGAGGCUCACACAGCCUGACCCUGAGACCGAAGGACGAACUCUUUCAGGCACAGACGUCACGAUAUCUCAGUGAAUUUGAGGAAAUUUGUAAACUUGGAAAAGGGGCAUAUGGGAAUGUUUUUCAGGUGCUGAACAAACUGGAUGGACAGUAUUACGCCAUGAAGAAAAUCCUGAUCAAAAAAGUCUCGAAAGAAGACUGCAUGAGGGUUCUCAGAGAGGUGAAGGUGUUGUCCAGCCUGCAGCACAUCCACGUGGUGGGUUACCACACUGCGUGGAUGGAGCACGUCCAGCCGGCCACCUAUCCAGAGACGCUGCUUCCUGCUCUGGAGUCUGCCGGACAGCACGACAGCUCUGAUGAGAGCUUCGACAGCAAUGGUUCCAGCUCCUCUAUAGUUUUCCAAAGCCUCAGCCGAGCCAGACAAGAAGCUGCUGUCAGUGCCAGAGCUCCUCAGAGGGAUUCGCCGCCGGUCACCGCCGUGGUCGCCGCCCAGCAGGGCCCGGUGGUCUGCCCCAAGACCAUGCGCCGCAUCCCGGAGAACUACGUCCCGUGCGUGUUCCUGGGGCAGCGAGGCCCCCCGGAGGCCUCCCGGUGUCCCGCCAUGAGCCUGGACGCCUCCCUGCUGCUGGAGGAGGAGUCCUGCCGGAGCAGCGUGCCGCUGAACGACAACGAGCGUCCGCCGCGCGCGGAGAAACGCGCGGCGAAGCCCUCCAAGGAGGUGCAGUUUCACCUGAUGCUCUACAUCCAGAUGCAGCUGUGCGAGCGCUCACUGAAGGACUGGAUCUCCGAGAGGAACGCCAGGCCCCAGGAGUCUUCCACAGGUCCUUACGGCCGUGUCGACGCUGAACACACUCUGAACCUGCUGAGAUACAUACUUGAAGGAGUGGACUACAUCCACUCCCGGGGAAUCAUGCACAGAGACCUGAAGCCCAGGAACAUCUUCCUUCACGGUCAGGACCGCCAUGUUCGCAUCGGGGACUUCGGCUUAGCCUGCAAAGACAUCAUCCUGGACGGCCGGGCGGACGCCUCCUCUCCUGGCACAGAUUUGAACCAUACUACUGGUGUUGGCACCUUCGUUUAUGCAGCUCCAGAGCAGCUGAACGGCUCGCAUUACGAUUCAAAGUCAGACAUGUACAGCGUCGGCGUGCUGGCCCUCGAGAUGUUCCAGCCGUUCGGGACCGAGAUGGAGCGGGUCCGCACCCUCGGGGAUUUGAGGGAAGGGAAGAUCCCGGACUCUUUCAGCGACAGAUGGCCGGUUCUGACCAAGUACAUCGGGAAGCUGACGAGCAAAGAGCCCAGCGAUCGGCCCACGGCUGGCCAGCUGCUGCAGAGCGAACUCUUCUGCAGCAAAGACAGGGUGAUCCACGGUUUGCAGAAAAGAGUGGAGGAGCAGGAGGAGGAGAUCAUGCAGCUGAGGCAGCGGAUCAGCCAGCUCCAGAGCUCCCAGUUCACAGUCAGUUUCCCCGAGCUGGACGACACCUGAGCCUUAAAAACCCUGACAGAACGUCAACUUGAUGAACUUGAACUCACUCACUGCUUUAUCUUGUUUUGCUGACUAGGUAUGAUUGGCAGAGAGGUGGGUGGAUGUGUGCGAGUGAGUGAGAGAACAUUUAAAUGUCUUGUUAUACUGAGUUGAAGGGUACAUUUUCCUUCAUGCAGCUGUUCAAUAAAGUCUAUUUAUUGUGUUUUUAUUGCCAUUCUUAA